AUUGCCUAAAAUGCGUCAUUAGAAACACAGAGUGAAGAAGAAGGCAGAGAGAGAGAGAAGGAAACUGAAAGAUGGGAGGUUGGGCCAUUGCAGUUCAUGGCGGGGCUGGCGUGGAUCCGAAUCUCCCACUGCAUCGCCAACACGAUGCCAAAAAACUUCUCACUCGCUGCCUUGAUCUUGGCAUCCACGCUCUUCGUUCCAAUCAUUCUGCCAUUGAUGUCGUCGAACUCGUCGUUAGAGAAUUGGAAAACGAUCCCCUGUUCAACUCCGGGCGUGGAUCUGCCCUCACCGAGGAGGGGACCGUAGAGAUGGAGGCCAGCAUCAUGGACGGCCCAAAACGGAGAUGCGGGGCGGUGUCCGGAAUCACCACCGUCAAAAAUCCCAUCUCCCUCGCCCGUCUUGUCAUGGAUAAAUCUCCCCAUUCCUAUCUCGCCUUCUCUGGCGCCGAGAAAUUCGCUAGGCAACAGGGCGUGGAGCUUGUGGGCAAUGACUAUUUCAUCACCGAAGACAACGUCGGACUGCUUGAACUUGCCAAAGAAGCCAACAGUAUAUGGUUGGAUCAUAGGGUUCCAAGCGAGACAUGUAGCGCGAGCGUGGAGACACCAUUGCAAAUGAACGGCCUCCGUAUAAGCGUGUACGCGCCUGAGACAGUGGGGUGCGUGGUGGUCGAUACCGAAGGAAGGUGCGCCGCGGCCACAUCCACUGGUGGAUUGAUAAACAAAAAGAUGGGACGCAUCGGAGACUCGCCGUUGAUCGGAUCAGGGACGUACGCGUGUGAUGUAUGUGGGGUAUCGUGUACGGGAGAAGGGGAGGCGAUUAUAAGAGGGACUUUGGCUCGGGAAGUGGCGGCGGUGAUGGAAUACAAAGGGUUGGGGCUUCAAGAGGCGGUGAAUUACGUGAUAGAGGAGAGAUUGGACGAAGGCAAAGCGGGAUUGAUUGCAGUGUCUAGCAAUGGGGAAGUGGCGUGUGGGUUCAACACAACCGGUAUGUUCAGGGGAUGCGCCACAGAGGAUGGGUUUAUGGAAGUUGGGAUUUGGUAAUCUCAAUAGUCAGAUGAAUUAAGGUUGGGAUCAACUUUUCGUCUGGGUUUUAAUGUUUUUAGUUUCUGUUCUCUUCUUGAAGAAUCUUUUUCUUCAUUUUCUGAAUUCAGAUGCUAUGUAUGUUAGCAACCAAUAAAGCCCUUAGCCCUAACCUUUUGUCUAA